AUGGGUAUCGCGGUAACCUCAGGCGUCCUUGCCACUCUGGACGCCAAAGCAGCCGCCGCCGCUCCUAUCCAGCACGCCAAAUGGGAGUCUCACACUCCUGGAACCACUACUCCUCGCGGGCUGGAGGAUGAAACACUUCCAUCUCAAUUUAUAGCCUGUGUGACCCGGGAAGAAAGCGCGAAGAGGCUCAGAAACGCCUUCGCAUCCCCGAAUGCUGUCGGAUGUAGAGUGGAGGUCCUAGUGUCACAGAAUGUGAAGGCCGCCCAAGCGUCCAAUGUCAUUUUGCUGUGGUGGGUCUUCUCGUCCGACCUUUCCCCCUGUGGUUUACCUUCUGCUUCCGUUAGCUGCAAGCCUCAGCAGGCACACGACAUCCUCAAUGAGCCCGGUAUGAAGGAAGCACUGGAUGGGAAACUGCUGAUCAGUAUUCUUGCCGGAGUGACGAUCGCUCAGAUGUCAGCUCUGGUCUACCCAGCUACAAAAGUGAUCCGGGCUAUGCCUAACACUCCUACCAAAAUCCGCGAGGGAAUGACCGUGGUCAGCACCCUCCCGCCGUCGUCCACGUUCGAGAUUGACCGCUCGAUUAUCUUGAACAUCUUCUCAUCCAUCGGACGGUGUCGUUUCCUCGAAGAGAAACACUUUGAUGCUUGUACCGCACUCUCUGGCUCCGGCCCUGCCUUUGCAUGCAUAUUUCUGGAAGCUAUGGCAGACGGAGGAGUGAUGAUGGGCUUACCCCGUGCUGAGGCAAUCGAAUUGGCUGCUCAAACUUUGCAAGGAGCUGCCCGUAUGACAUUAUCGGGAAUACAUCCUGCACAGCUGAAGGACUCUGUUACAACCCCGGGCGGUUGCACAAUUGCUGGCCUCCUCGCAUUAGAAGACGGCAAAGUACGGUCUACCAUCGCCCGCGCUAUUCAAAUUGCGACUGAGAGGGCAUCGGAACUCGGCCAACCCACAAAGCAUUGA